GAGAGAAAGCACUUUAUGUUUUCCCUCCUCUUCCUCACAGAGACAGCUGCUGCCACUGCAGCAGGCCAAGCAUUAGCAGCAUAAACAACACGUCAAGACCCAAAACAUGUACUUGGAAAGAAUAGAUGGCCUCUCACACUUUAUUUAAGCCAUUAAACUGAGAAGAAAGCAUAUGAAACGGGAGAGCACAGCCGCUCGCCCCCGGCUUUAAACUUCGAAGGGUUAGCAGCGCCAACCAAGGCGCCUCCUUUUCAGCUUCCUCUUCUUCCCCGUCCCACCCUCUAUCCGUAGAGCAAUGGCUGCUUCGUGGGAGGAGAGGCAGAUGGGGUUCCCCUCGGCGGCGGCGGCGACGAGUUUUUGAGGUGCGGUGAUGUGUCUCCUGCUGCCGAGGAGCCGGGAGAAAGGGAGGGCGGGAGGCUUCUGAGGGUGGUGAGUGCGUCGGGUGGGGAAAGAUUGGAUUUUUGAGGGAUUUGCGUAGGGGAGGGGAUGGCGAUGGUUGCGAGCGGAAGGGAAGCGGGCAAGGGGCAGCAGGAAGCCGCGGCCGCGAUGGACACGGGGAAGUACGUGAGGUACACGCCGGAGCAGGUGGAGGCGCUCGAGAGGGUAUACAGCGAGUGCCCGAAGCCGAGCUCCCUGAGGCGGCAGCAGCUCGUACGGGAGUGUCCCAUUCUCUCCAACAUCGAGCCAAAGCAGAUCAAGGUCUGGUUCCAGAACAGAAGAUGCCGAGAGAAGCAGAGGAAGGAAGCCUUUCGUCUCCAAACAGUUAACCGCAAGCUGAAUGCCAUGAACAAGCUGUUGAUGGAGGAAAAUGAUCGGCUGCAGAAGCAGGUGUCCGAACUUGUUUAUGAGAAUGGCUAUAUGCGACAGCAACUGCACAAUGCAUCUGUAGCCACCACCGACACCAGCUGUGAAUCUGUAGUCACAAGUGGUCAGCACCAACGUCAACAAAACCCAACACCUCAGCAUCCUCAAAGGGAUGCUAACCCAGCUGGUCUCCUUGCAAUCGCUGAGGAGACAUUGGCAGAGUUCUUGUCGAAGGCUACUGGAACUGCCGUCGAUUGGGUUCAGAUGGUUGGGAUGAAGCCUGGUCCGGAUUCCAUUGGAAUCGUUGCUGUUUCCCAUAAUUGUAGUGGGGUAGCAGCUCGAGCUUGUGGCCUUGUGAGUCUGGAACCCACAAAGGUUGCAGAGAUAAUUAAAGAUCGUCCAGCUUGGUAUCGUGAUUGCCGUUGCAUUGAUGUGCUUACUGUAAUUCCCACUAGUAAUGGAGGGAAUAUAGAACUUAUAUACAUGCAAACAUAUGCACCUACCACUUUGGCAGCAGCACGAGACUUUUGGACUCUGAGAUAUACUAGAGGUUUAGAAGAUGGCAGCCUUGUGAUUUGUGAGAGGUCUUUAACUCCUGCAACUGGUGGUCCGACUGGGCCUCCUUCUCCAAAUUUCAUAAGGGCUGAAAUGCUUUCCAGUGGAUAUCUAAUCCGACCAUGUGAGGGUGGUGGCUCAAUGAUUCACAUUGUUGAUCAUGUUGAUUUAGAUGCAUGGAGUGUACCUGAGGUUCUUAGACCCUUGUAUGAAUCACCAAAAUUUCUGGCCCAGAAAAUGACAAUUGCUGCAUUUCACCACCUAAGACAAAUUGCUCAAGAAACCAGUGGUGAAGUUCCAUAUGGUGGGGGUCGACAACCUGCUGUAUUAAGGACCUUCAGUCAAAGACUGAGCAGAGGUUUCAAUGAUGCUGUGAAUGGAUUUGCUGAUGAUGGUUGGUUAUUACUGGGCAGCGAUGGUGUUGAGGAUGUGACAAUUGCUAUAAAUUCUUCCUCAAAUAAACUUAUUGGGUCUCAUGUGAACUCUUCAGCAUUGUUUUCAACCAUGGGAGGUGGUGUUCUAUGUGCAAAAGCAUCAAUGUUGCUGCAGAAUGUGCCGCCUGCUAUAUUGGUUCGGUUUUUAAGGGAGCAUCGAUCAGAAUGGGCUGAUUGUGGUGUUGAUGCUUAUUCUGCCGCAUCAUUGAGAACUAGCCCAUAUGCAGUCCCUGGUGUUAGGACUAGCAGUGGGUUAUCGGGGAGUCAGGUGAUCCUUCCUCUCGCGCAUACUCUGGAGCUUGAAGAGUUCUUGGAGGUGAUCAAACUCGAGGGUCAUGUUUUUAACCAAGAUGAUGUCAUUUUGUCGAGGGAUGUGUACUUGUUACAGCUUUGCAGCGGAGUUGAUGAGGAUGCUGUUGGUGCUUGUGCUCAGCUUGUUUUUGCACCCAUCGAUGAAUCCUUUGCUGAUGAUGUUCCUUUGCUACCCUCAGGCUUCCGUGUUAUACCACUGGAACCUAAAACAGAUUCUCCUGUUGCUUCACGAACCCUCGAUUUGGCAUCCACGUUAGAGAUUGGAUCUGGUGCUGCAUCACGCUCUGUUAAUGAGACAGCUUCAAGUUCAUACAACCUGCGGUCGGUCCUCACGAUAGCCUUCCAGUUCACAUACGAGAAUCAUCUCCAAGAUAAUGUUGCAGCAAUGGCCCGGCAAUAUGUUAGAAGCGUGGUUGCCUCAGUGCAGAGAGUUGCUAUGGCAAUUGCACCUCGACCCAGCGGUCAGAUUGGAGUCGAGCAUUUACCGCAAGGUUUUCCUGAAGCUGACACGCUGGCACGUUGGAUUUCUCAGAGCUACAGGGCUCAUACUGGACUAGAGAUCCUCCGCGAGGGCUCACAAACUAGUGAUUCAUUGCUGAAACUGUUGUGGCAUCAUUCGGAUGCAAUUGUGUGUUGUUCUUUGAAGGGUUCUCCUGUUUUUACCUUCUCCAAUCAAGCUGGUCUUGAUAUGCUGGAAACUACGCUGAUCGCUCUUCAAGACAUGACGCUGGAGAAGACUCUUGAUGAUGGUGGUCGGAAGCUUCUUUGCUUGGAAUUCCCCAAGAUCAUGCAGCAGGGCUUUUCUUAUCUUCCUGCUGGUAUCUGCCUGUCGAGCAUGGGGAGGCCGGUGUCGUAUGAACAAGCCGUGGCAUGGAAGGUCCUGAAUGACGAUGAUUCACCCCAUUGUCUUGCUUUCAUGUUUCUGAACUGGUCUUUUGUUUGAAUGCCCUGAGCAAUUCUAGCCCUUCUGUGAUCCACUUAGCUAGGGGUGGAUGCAACUUUAGAACUCAUCCCUUUUGCUUAAGUUACAGUUUCUAAAGAACUACCAAGAAACAUGUCUUAAUCCAUGAAUUCUGCUUAUUAUGCUUUA